AAUGGGCUGACGCCGCUCCACAUGUCUGCACAAGGCGAUCAUCCAGAAUGCAUCCAAUUGCUGCUACAGCACGGCGCUGAUGCGGGCAGUCUCACGGUGGAUUAUUUGACACCGCUCCACGUCGCCGCGCACUGCGGUAGCCUGCGAGCGGCCACCCUUCUCCUGGAGAACGGCUCCAUACGCGCUGACAAACCCCGUCCACAUUUCUUCCCUCUACAGAAUGGCUUUACGCCCCUGCACGUCGCCUGUAAGAAAAAUCGAAUAAAGAUUGUGGAACUCUUCCUACUGUACGGUUGUCAAGUGGAUAUGACUACUGAGUCGGGACUUACGCCUCUACAUGUGGCUGCGUUUAUGGGACAUGUGAAUAUCGUUGUUCUGUUGUUGCAACAUUCGGCAGAUCCGAAUGCUCGCAACGGUUGCGAUGAAACCAGUCUUCACUUAGCUGCCAGGGCUAAUAAACUCGAAGUGGUUCGCAUUCUCCUACGGAACGGUGCCCUCGUCGAUUCUAAAGCUCGGGUUUGUUCCAUUUUUUUUGCUAUUCAUUUGAACGCCACAUAUGUGCACGAAGUGCGCUCUGAUAGUUCUCUUCUGAAGUGCUUUAUUGUUGAUUGCAUUCUGCCACAGAGCAUGCGCGACUUAUUCCUCCAUGGCAAUCAAACGAGUCUUCAUAUUGCGGCACAAAUGGGUAACUGUGAGUUGAUCAGCCUCCUGCUUCACCACGGGGCCAAUGUUCAAGCAACGACGAACGAUGGACAUACUUCCCUGCACGUCGCCACAAAGGCCGGCCACGAGGAUGUUGUGCUCCUUCUUCUCAAUUCUGGUGCCCACCCUGAUGUUAUGACCAAGGCAAGUUCGGGGACAUUUCCGGAUGACGAAGUUAGCUUUUUUUGUUACAGAUUACGCUUUUCACUCGAAUAG